AAGAAGAAAAGAUUAAAGAAAUCAAACCUGAAAGUUGGAGAAUCGCAGAUUGAAAUCUCACACUAUGAUUUUCUUUUUCUUUUUUUUAGUUUUGGUCUGCUGCAGCGCGCUGGCUUCUCGUUCUCGCUUUUCUCAGCGCCCUUUGGCUUCUCGUUGCUUUUGGUAGAAGUCACAUUGAAGUGUUAUUCAUGCGACUACACAAUGUCGGAGACACGUUGUUUUUGUUAUGUUCAUGCUGCGUUAUUCUCGAGUACUCUAGUACGGGUGAAGUUGGCUUUGGAUGUGGUCUUUCUUCACCCGAGACAUGAACAAGAUCCCGACUGAUCUCGCUCUUGCCUAUAGUGUUGUCUCAUAUGAUGUUCAUGUGGUCACCAUCAUGACUCAACUCGAGAUCGUUUUACAUGAAAAAAUUGAGUUUGAUGAAGGAGUAUGCUUAGUUUAUGCUCAACUCGAUGAAGUUACCAAGACGCUUCGCUCGGCCGCUAAUAUUGAGGGUCAAUCAACUUAUGACUCCAGCUUAUCUAUGUUUGAGGUGGACAUCUCGUGUUCAAUACAGGAUUUGGUUCGUGAUUCCGCAACUGUGUCGAGUCAAAUUACUUUGGAGUUGCAAAAUUUCAGAACGCAUGUGUUGGACGUGCUAAGGAACCUCAUCAGUGCUCCGUCUGCACCACCAAGUUUGACCCAUACGGUGACUAUGCAACACACCGAUUCUCUUGACCAGGAAUCUGAGGAGGAAAUUAAUGUUGGUCUUAUUCCUGAUGUUGUUCUCGUGCUCGUUGCUAAUGUUGUUCUUUCAAACGAUGUUGAUAGAGACGACUCUCAUCGCGACCAAUAUCUUCAGGAGUUACAACACUUUAGAACAGGCAUGUUGGGCGCUAUAAAAGUUCUCAUUGAUAGUCCACCUUCUGUGCCAAAUCUGGUCUCUACAAUAAUUGACCAAAAUGCUGAAGCACAUGAUCACGCAUCCAAGAAGGAACCAAGCAUUGACUCACAAGGUGGAGAUGAUGUGGACAUCCGGCAUGAAGCCAUAAACAAAGAUAAUGGGAGGUCCAGCAUUGUGGAAAAAAAAGAAAGUGUCGACAAGCGAGAUAAUACUUUUCAGGAAUUUUUUACCUCAGCUGGUGUGGUCAUUGCAGAGUAUGAUAUUCUAAAAAGUGUUGACAAAGUGACAGAUGGAGAUGGUACACAAGCACACUCGCUUAUGUUGAUUGAAACCAUCACGUUGUUUGAGCUUGUCGAUGUGGUCAAGACGGAGCACCUGAUUUCGCCAAGAGCAACUACAUAUGUUCUGCGCCCCGCCUCAUCUUUCCAUCACUUUGCUCCAAGAUCCAAGAUGGUUUCGGGUGUUGUUGUGUGGCGGUACAUUGUAUGCAACCGCGAGGGUCAUAAGCAUUUUGCAUCAACCUGCAACAAACCCACUCACGACGAUGGAGACUUGCCCAAAGCAAAACAGAGGAGACGCAUUUCCAAUCGUGUUGAUUGCAAGACGCGUGUGGCGUUUAGGCUCACGGGUGGUGUAGGCUACUCCAUAUCUAUAUUCAUUGAAAGUCGUAACCAUCCCAUGAUGUCUCUUCCAUCUAGGCCCUUUUUGAAAAUCAACAGGAAUCUAGAAAUUGGCCACCAGAGGUUUAUGUUGAAUUGUGCAAAGGCUAACAUUGGCCGAAUGAAGUCCUACCAAUUGUUUAAAGAAUCAGUUGGUAGCUAUAAUAAUGUGGGUGCCACUGCAGUUGACUUCAAAAAUUUCAAACGAGACCUAAAAGCAUACAUUGCAGGCGCUGAUGCUCAAAUGCUCAUUGACAAACUAUUUAGAAAGAAACAAACAUGCUCUGCAUUCCAUUUUGACUAUGAUGUUGAUGAGAGUGACCAGCUAACUAGGGUAUUCUGGUGCGAUCCUACUGCUAAGAAGAACUACGUAAUGUUUGGAGAUGUCAUUUCAUUUGACGCAACCUUCAACACAAAUAGUUUGGUGCUGGGUGUGUUUCUUGUGGUCUUUACACCAUUUACUGGGGUAGAUAAUCACCGCAGAUGUGUAACCUUUGCAGCUGGUCUGCUGCGCAGAGAAGAUGUUCCUCCGCACAGAUGGUUGUUCAAUCGCUUUCUCGAUGCAAUGGGUCAUGCCCCGCAAUGCAUAAUCACCGACCAAGACGCUUCUAGGGCUAUUGCUAUUCCAGAGGUUUUCCCAAACACAGUCCAUCGUCCAAAGAUUACGUCCAAAGUUGACAAUGAACUCGCGAAAGAUCAGGACUUUUUGACAAGGCUAAACUUUGUAAUAUGGAGUCAUUACCUCGAGCCUGAAGAGUGGGAAAAACAAUGGAAUGAGGAUUCCCGAGGAAUGGUUGUUAAUGUUGAACAUUCGACCUUAGAAGGCUCUUUCUUCUACACAUGCAAAAAUUGGCAGCGCAUUGGGCUGUUGUGUUGUCACAUAUUCUUGCUCUUCAAGGUUUUAAAAAUUAAACUGAUCCCAGAACGUUAUAUUACGAAUAGAUGGUGCAAAACACCACUUCUCAAGCCACGGAUUGAUGUUUCUGGUCUGGACUUUACCUCCGAAUCAGCCAUUGACGAAAAGAAAGUAAUGCUCAACCGCCUAUGGUCUAACAUUCACUCCUGUGUUGCACUCAUUGAAAAUAACCCCGAGUUAUUAUGUGCUUUCUCCAAGGUAAUUACUGAACAAAAGGAGGUCAUUGAAUCUGUCGUUGCCUCCGAGGAUGUAGGUACUGAACAAAGAGAUCUCUUUGAAAAUUAUUGUGGUGUUCCCGCUCCAAUUCAACAGUGAUUAAAGUGCUUCCACCUCAACCCGCGCACAACAAGGGUAGUGGGAAGCGCAUCAAGAGUGCUAAAGAGCUCCAGAUCGAACAAAGCAAGAAGAACAAACGCUUGUGUCGAACAUGCAAAGAGCUGGGCUAUCACGACAGUAGAAAUUGUCCAAUGAAUAGUUUGACAUAAU